AUGGGUUCAAACGCAGAUAUACUCUCAGAGAAUGAUGUGAACUAUCUUCGCCAAGCAAUUGAAGUCUCUGGAGAAGCAAGGAAACAUGGCCAACAUCCUUUUGGGUGUGUUAUUGUUGACGAACAUGACAGGGUGGUGGCUAUAGCUGAAAACCGGGUACCUUCAGAGGAUGUAACUCAACAUGCUGAACUUCGUGCAGUAAGUACAAUUACGAGAUCAAGAGGUGCUGAAAGCUUGUUGAACUGUACGCUUUACUCGAGUACGGAACCUUGUGCAAUGUGUUCCGGAGCCAUUUUUUGGUCAGGCAUAGGACGUAUAGUAUUUGGUCUUUCCAAUGCGAGUUUGAUCAAAAUGGCACACUCGAAUCCAAAAAAUGCUUAUUUGAAGAUAAGUAAUAAAGAAAUAGCAAAGACUGCAUCUCGCCCCAUUGAGGUGCUGGGUCCAUUUCUCGAAGAUGAAGCUGCCAUCCCGCACCAUCAUUUCUGGGAUUAG